GAGUACUGCAAGAGCGAUUGUCGACUGAAGCCUUGCACAAAUCUCAACAGCAAAGCAGACUUAGGCAUUUGGAGCCGAUGGAGACGACGAGCUAAAGUGAACCCUGGGAACAAGGACAUCUCAGAGGCAAGAGAGGCCGUAGGAAUUUCCUUUGUGGAGCAUCAUUUGACAAUUGAACAAUUAAAAGAUCUCUAUCCGGAUUCCUAUAUUCAUCAUGAAUUCCCUGAACGCAGUGAUGGUCUACACACUGAAGAAGCCAGAAAACGUUUACGUGAUGGCGGUGGGAACGUUCUGCCUCCUCCUAAAGAGGAACACCUCUUCAGGGUUUUUAUCAGGCAAUUUCAUUUCAAAUUUUGGCUGCUAUUGACGGGUGCGGCAUUUCUUUCCAUAGCCGCUUAUUUUGCACAUAGAGCACAAGGCUUCAAUGAACCGCUCAAUCUUUAUUGUGCCUUUAUUCUAUUACUUGUUGUUCUCGUUAUGAGUCUUCUUUCUGUAUGGCAAGAGAGUAAAGCUCGAAAGGUCUUGAAAAGUUUCACAAAACUUCUGCCAUCGAAGGCAAUAGUAAUCAGGGACUGUGAGGAGAAGGAGAUCAACACCGAAGACAUUGUUGUCGGUGACUUGGUGGUUAUCAGGUCAGGAUCUCGAAUACCAGCCGAUAUCCGAAUACUUCAGACAAACUGCCUGACGAUUGAGGUGUCCGAAGUGACCGGUCAGAAGACACCUGUGGAAUGCACAGCAGAAGCGGCUGCUGCCUAUGUGUCCGUAUUUGACUCGAGGAAUGUCGCCUUCAAGGGAUCGUACUGUACGGAAGGUGACGGACUGGGCAUUGUCAUUCGAACUGGAAAGUUCACAGUUCUUGGUGGAAUCGCAAACCUGCACACACAAAUCCCGCCCACUAAGAGUAAGCUGCAGGCGGAGCUUCGCACAUUUGCGCAAUUCAUCUCAGUGCUAGCCAUCUGCAUGGCUGUGGCGAUGUUUCUCAUAGGAUGCAUCGUCGCAAAGUUCGAGAAUGUUCUGGAUCACUUCGUAGUCGGUUUUCUGGUAGUGAUCGUGGCCAACAUACCGCAAGGUCUACCGGCCACUGUGAUGUCCCAACUGCGGAUAAUUGCGCGGCGAAUGGCUCAGAAGAAUAUUUACAUCAAAAACCUCAAUCUCAUUGAUGAACUCGGAGCGGCGACGGUAAUCUGUGCCGAUAAGUCAGGCACGUUAACGAUGAAUCAGAUGGUAGUCACAGAUUUAUGGUUCAAUCGGCGAAUGGUUACCGGUGCUGGUGUCGAUCUAAAGCAUCCUCACAUACGAGCCAUGCGAUCGACGGUCAGGAACAAUGAUCGUCUCGAAGAACCACUCCCUGAAAUUCUGACAGUGAUGUCCGUCUGUAACCGAGCUCAGUUCGAGCACGUUCGCCGCUCGAUGCGUCGUGUUUCAACAAUGCGAGCCCUCCAGAAGUCUGCGUCUGAAGCGAUGCUAAGCGGACCGCUGAAGAAGAAGUUCACUAUUGUUGAUACCCGGACAGGUCAGGUGUCCGAACAUAGACGUCCGACCCUUCCGAGCGCUGAAUCCAAAUGCUUACAAAAUCUUGAGGAAGGACUUCAAUCUGGGGAUUCUGCUCCUAUACCAUCUCAUCCAAUCUCUGGUAGAACGAAGAGUCGCAAGAAUGACAUAUUCGGGAUUCCAAGUGAUGUUGCUUUGGUCAAAUAUGUGGAAUUGAACGCGAGUGUUGAAGGAAUUCGACAGCGUUAUCAUUCAGUUCAUGAGAUCCCUUUCAAUUCGAUCCGUCGAUGGCAGCUGGUUGUCAGUAGAUGUUUAGCAGAUGUCCAACCAGUAGAAAACCUUGCAGAACCGAGUCAGACUGAAUGUCGCUAUGUCGUCAUGAUGAAAGGCGCCCCCGAGGUGAUCCUUGGGAAAUGCAAAAAGGCGCGAGUGGGCAAGGAUUUGGUCGAAAUCGACGACAAUUUCAGACAGGAAUGUCAGAUGGCGUGGGAGUCACUGGGAAACGCGGGGCGACGAGUGAUCGCCUUUGCUCAAGCGCAUUUCAACGCACCAAUGAAUGCCAAGUUCGGUGCCGGAGAAGAUCGUUGGCCUGAAGACCUCGUAUUUCUUGGAAUGGCCGCCAUUAUGGAUCCACCAAGACCGGAGACUGCAGCAGCUAUUCAACAAUGUAAAGGAGCUGGAAUCAAGGUCUUCAUGAUCACCGGCGAUCAUCCAACAACUGCCAAAGCCGUGGCCACGCAGAUCGGUCUGAUCGGGGACGCCAAGGGAGAAGGCAACAGAAUGCGACAAGUCCAAGCUGCCGAAACCGAGCAUGUCGGCGGUGUGGAUCUGAAAAGCGCGGUGCUGGAUUCACUGGCCAGUUCAGAGAGUGGUCGAUUCAGACCUCACCGGCUCUCUUUGGCGUAUACAUUCGCUCAUCUCUGGCCGGAAAUCUUUCCGAUUAUGCUCACGUUUAUACUCGGAUUACCACAAGGAUUGUCGCCAAUGCAGAUCCUUUCCAUCGAUUUGGCUUCUGAGAUGCCUCCAGCCGUGUCGCUUGCUUAUGAGCAACCCGAACAAGACAUCAUGCUAACUCGUCCACGUAGUCGGAAAACUCGUCUCCUUUCAAAAGGACUGCUCGUUUACGCAUACCUCUUUGCUGGCACUGGUAUCACUAUUGGUUGUAUAGCCGCAUACCUUAGUGUAUACUGGUACCACAACAUCACGUUUCGGGAUUUGUUGUUCACAGCUGAACAUCAUUGGAAAAUUGGCGCCGUGAAUUUUACUACCAGUGACGGUGUGGUUUACGAUGAGAACCAGCAGUUGUUCAUAAAAGGACAAGCAGCUGGCGCCUGGCAGGUGGUACUUGUCAUGUCUCAGGUGUUUCACCUCUACAACUGCGCAACCCGCCGAGUGUCUGUCUUCCGACAUGGCAUCACCAACGUCGUGUCCAUUUUCGCAGUGAUCAUUGAGAUUCUCCUUCUGGUAAUGUUCGUUUACACGCCAGUCAGCCAAUACUUCAUGGACACACACGCUCCACCCCCACACGUAUGGGCAAUCGCCCCGUUGGUUGGGCUUUACCUCCUCGCUUAUAAUGAAGGCCGAAAAUACCUCAUUAGGAACUAUCCCAAAAGUAAAUUCAUAAAGCUAGUGAAGUGGUAA